CAAGUGUAACUUAAGUUUGUCAGUCUCUCUAUCUUGGUUGAGAAUCAAGUCUGCUUGCAGAAACAAAGCAUUCUAGUGGGAAGUCGCGAGUUCAUGAAGUGUGCUCUUCUUGUCUUGGCGGGAUCUAGCUAACGUUACAGGCACCCAUCACACACUAUGAAGAUUUACUUCUGUGGCAGUAUCCGUGGAGGUCGAUGUGAUGCAGAACUGUAUGCCAGGAUCAUUGAACAGCUGAAGGCCUAUGGCACUGUCCUGACUGAACAUGUGGGGUUUAAAGAACCUGUUCUCAAACACAUUGAAGGUAACGAUGUGGCCAUACACACACAGGACAUGGCGUGGCUGCAGGAGUCAGAUGUUGUGGUUGCUGAGGUGACCCAGCCAUCACUUGGAGUUGGAUAUGAGAUUGGGAAGGCAGUGGGCUGGAACAAAAGGAUCCUCUGUCUAUACAGGCCUGCUGAUGGCAAAGGUUUGUCAGCCAUGAUUCGAGGGGCACAUGAUGGCAAGAACUUCAUUGUCAAGGAUUACCAGGAACCAGAGGUGCCAGGAAUCCUCAAGGAGUUCCUUGGCAGCUCUUAGAAACACUAGUAACAGCUCAUACAUUUGUAUUAGUUAAUUUUACUUACUUAACUGUUACUUACUUAAUCCUCUUUGUCCCUAUUGAGACAUAAUCACACCAUCAGUUAAUCUACUGUUAUGGUAGAACAAAAACGACCAGAUUCAUGGACCACUUUUGAAAUACCUACAAUCCCUGUUAAAGUUUCAGAAAGUACUCUCCCCCCAACGAAGAAACAGGGAAAAAAUCUUGAAUGAAUCCUGGUGCAAAUAAGGUUUUCUUCUAAAAUCAUAAAUGACCCCUGCCCAAGGUCUACUGCUCUAUAGUUAUAAAUCCUCAUUUAAAUUGCUCUUUUGUAUUGAAAAAUUUGACUGAUUGUUGAUAAUGACCAUCACAAUAGGACAAUGACAUUGUUAGUGUGUAGAAGAUUGACAUUAAGGGCUCAAACUUAUCUGGUGAUUAGUGCAAUUUGAGAGUAAUGUGGCAGCUAUGUUGCAUAUUACUCUCAAUUUUAUUGUCAAAUUUUUAAUAAGAAAAUAUUUAUUUUCUUAAAUCAACUUAAAGUUUGUAAAUUUGAUCAAGCAAUAAAUGAAUAAUUUUUCCA